AUGAUUGACAACGAGUGUGUUGGGUCAGGACAGUCUUCAGGAGACAGCCAUAAAGCCAAACUUUCAUUUUCUUCCGUGACACCGGUAGAUGUGCAAGUUCGGAACCUUUCUGUGCAGGUCGAGAGCAGCACCCGUCAAUGGAAAGAUCGCUUUCCUAGCUUCAGGAAAUCUACUUCAGAUCUGGAGACUCCCCAGACUAAAUGUCUUCUUACCCAUAUCGACGCUGAUUUCCCUCAUGGUACUCUGACGGGCAUCCUUGGAAGUAGAGGUAGUGGAAAGACAACACUGCUCAAUGUUCUGUCUGAACGCAUGUAUGAUAGCAACCUCUCUGUUCAAGGAGAGCGGUUGCAUAACAAUUCAACAUCCCUAUCUAGCAUUUCACAUGCCUAUGUCGGUCAGACAGACUCCCUUCUUCCCACUGUCACUGUGCAUGAAACUCUCACAUUCGCUGCAAGCUUACUUCUUCCCACUUCCAUUAGUCGCAUCCAGCGUGCAAAACUCGUUGACAAUAUCAUUGUAGAGCUUGGACUCAAGGACUGUUCGAACUCAUGUGUCGGAGAUGGUGUCCGCCACAUGGGGUGUUCUAGUGGAGGUCUGAGACUCAUCAGUCUGGGCAUCGAGUUGCUGAGAAACCCCUCUGUACUGUUUCUGGAAGAGCCGACGACAGGUCUUGACCCAACAAGUGCGUUUCACAUUGUGACGAAGCUGAAGAGUCUCACACAGAAGGGCGUAACAGUCAUUAUGACGUUGCAUCAGCCUCGUUCUGAUGUGUUUCGUAUGCUUGAUAGGGUGAUACUACUUUCCCAAGGGCAUUCACUUUAUGCUGGUGUGGCCUCAGAGGCCGUUCCAUGGUUCGAACGACUUGUCCGCCCAUUAGAACUACACCGCAAUCCUGCAGAUUAUCUGAUCGAUAUUGGUGCCAUCAAUGUCUGCAUGGGUGCAGCUGAGGAGACCGCUCCAAGUCGCAUCAGCAGGCUCAUCGCAGCAUGGAAAUCAGAGUCAGCUAUCCGAUUCCCCCCACUCAAGAGCAAAUUGACAAUCAGCCCUGUUGAUCCACAUGAUGUGAUCAAGGCAGCCUGUUGGUCAUGUCAUACAUGGACUUACCCUGAUAUCCCAGAAGCUGAAGGCAAGCAAUCAUGA